GACGCUGCGACGGAAAACAAAACACGAAACAAAGAAAAUCCCUUUCCUCCCGCCGGCGCGAUUUCGGUACGACUAGAGUCCACAUUCCGGCGAAUUCCUCGAAUUCUUAGCUUCCUAACGUUAUCAAGUUCCCAGUUUGUAGUGUCGCCUGACGAAGGGGAAGAGACCUAGGGAAUCUUUUCCCCCAUCCGAAGAAGUGAGGACCGAAGCCGCCGUUAGUCGAAGCUCCGUUUCCAGCUCUCGAAUCUUCUCUGGGUACGUUCAUCUCGCUCCCUACCUAUCGUAUUCCGAUCUCAGUAGAGAAGAAUUAUCCUUUUUUCUUAGUCUGAUAGAGAGAGCUCCGUCGUCGAUUCGUAACGUCGGAGAGAAUUUUCGUUUCCGGCUAGUCAGCUGAUUGACCUAAUUUAUUUAACAUUCUUCAAUUCAUUAUUCUGCAGUUCCAGUGAUUUGGGGGUAGUGCUGUGCUUGUUGAAUAAGAAGCCAUGAACGUAGAAAUUGACCACUAUAAGGUCCUGGGGCUGCCUUCCGGAGAGGAAGGGUCAAAGCUCACCGAAAAGGAGAUAUCCAAGGCAUACAAGUUCAAAGCUUUGGAAUUGCACCCAGAUAAGAGGCCUGACGAUCCAAAUGCGCAGGAAAACUUCCAGAAACUGAAAUCUUCUUAUGAGAUUCUUAAAGAUGAGAAGGCUCGAAAGCUGUUCGAUGAUCUGCUUCGAGUUAAGCGAGAGCAGGAAGCCAGAAGGUCUCAGCAGGAUUCGAAGCGUAGAAAGAUGGUCUCGGACCUUGAAGAUAGAGAACGGGCGGCUUUUGCUCCUGACCCUGCAGCUAAGGCUCGUGCUGAAGAGGAGAGGAUUGUCAGGAAGCUGAAGGAGGAGAUUGAGAGGAUAAAGGCUAUGCACUCAAGUAAAGGAGGACAGACAGCUGCAGCUUCAGAAUCGAAGAGGAAGGAGAGAGAAGCAUCAGCUAAGGGGGGUGGGGUUGAUUUGGACAAGGGGAAAAUGCUUAAGGUGUCUUGGGAGAAAGUGGGUGUGGGCUAUACUGCAGAAAGGUUGAGAGAGAUAUUUUCCAGGUUUGGUGAAGUUGAAGACAUUGUCAUCAAGGGCUCCAAGAAAAAAUGCUCGGCCCUUGUUGUUAUGGCUACUCAGGAAGCUGCGGUUGCUGCCACUAGAAUAGUCUUGGGUGAUCUCUCCAAUCCUCUUCUAGUGUUACCAGUUCAAGCAGCUCAAGCAAAGGACUUUCCUCCACCCACCCAGCAAGCAGCAGAAUUCGAUGGAAUAACUAAUUUGGUUGGAGCUGGUUACAAGGCAUACGAGGAUUCUGUUUUCGAAAAGCUUCAAAAGGCUGCAGCAAGAAACCAGAACUGAGAUACAGCAUGGCUUUAGAAUUGAUGAUGAGUGGAUCUAGUUUCCCAUAGCCAAAACACAAAGGUAUUUGAGGAAUCAUACAUUUCAGCCUUGGCCUCUGUAGUUGUAAUUGGAUACCUUACUCAUUUUCUUUGGCUUUUGAAAUCGUAACGCUUUCGGAACCACAUUAUUCUGGUAUGUCUUGAGUCACCUGGUGCUCACUAGUCAAUAAUCAUGCUCUUUUCAAGUGGCUGUGGCUAUGCAGUAGUGCUUGUUCUGUAAACGAUGCCUUCCAUGUAACUGUGACACAUGAGAUAAAGCGAACUGCUACAUUUCUUCUGCUUUUUAUCUGACAGUUCCGCUGAUAACUUUUAACUUUCAUACCAUCUGGGGCUCUAUUGAUGGAUUCUAAAAACCCGUUUGCUAUGCAGGGCACUCUACAUUCUCUUCUGGAUUACAGUGCUCCAGAAGAAGUGGUUUCUUUUCUGGAUCUGAUUGACUGAUUCCGAAUCGUUUUCAUCUACUUGGGUACAAUUUACUGACUUACUGACACCAUUACAUAAUCCUGACUAGCACAGGUUGAUGUAGCUUUGCAACAUGGCAGUGAGGGUUUAGAUUGCUAUUCCAAAUAUUACACAUCCUUGUUAUUAGGCAACCAGGGAGAAAACUCCGACUUGCUAGAUUGUACCAGAUGUAUCCUUGCUAGAAGUGUUAGGACCGCCUCACCAUAUUACCUAGGAUGCUUUCUCUUCCGUUCCGUUGGCCUGUGGCUGUUGCAACAAACCUUCAACUUUACACCACUAGAGGAACUGCUUCCUUUGUAUAUGAACUCUGCUUGGGUGGUCGAGUUAAGAGUCUCGUCUUGAUGUACUAGAAUAGCUUAAAGAAUCUCUCUACCCCAUUUCAGUUGUCAUGCUUUGGUAAUGAAAUAGUGAAAGAACAUUGUGACUGUGGAUUUGAAAGAAAGGCUGAUGUUGCUCCAAAAGAGUUUUGGAAUCUUGUGCAGAAAAAAAGUUGGAAUGUGGAUGUUGGUUGUUUGUUACUGCUGUUAGCUAGUAUAGUAAGCAAGCUACACAGAGCACUAAACAGCAGGCUUUGAAGGCAGGCUCACAACCACUCUCUCCGCCAAUAGUACUAUAGCAUUUGAAUGUCGAUGGAUGGGCAGUGAAAAAAAGGUUGAAAAGUUCAUCAAUUUUUAAUGUGUAAAAAAGUGCAGCAGCCAAGCAGGGGGAGCACGCACAGGUAAAAAGGGAAUGCGCACUCAUUUGAACAUGAAUUGCUGUGCAAAGGUGUGGUGUGCAGAAGCAACAAGGCCACAAGGGUGGCUUUGUUUAUUUGUUGGUAAUGACAAACUUAGCAUUCUCUGUUUUUUACUUGUAUAUGGAAAGUUGAGGGGAAGAGCUGUGGCAAUCUGGUGUCUCUCUAAACUUUAUUACCAUUUAGGUCAAUUGAUGCACUUCAUCUGUUGAUAAUGGCCAACGAUUUCUAGCGAGAUUCGGAUGCACUAUUCAUCUUCGUUAUGCCUGAUUCUCUGCAAGUCAAGAUAGAUUUCGUCUCUUGAAUGUGGAAGAAAUAAAAUUUAAAUUGCGAA